UUUAUCAGUAUACUACUGUAAUUCAUUCAUUUUAAUAUAUGAAUAUAGAAUACACAAAUCUCUCAAAACCAUAGUUGUUCUCUUACCAUGUCUCAGGGUGGCUGGCCUGCUCAUGUCUUUCUUGAUGCUUCAUUGCAGCUGCCUUUAAAACACAAAUACAAAAAAAUGCAGUAAAUCUUAAAUUCCAUUAAAAACUAUAACAAACUAAUUUUAAAACUAGAAAGUCAGCUAGCCAUAAAACUUGUUUAACCUAGCUAACAUACGAUUUUACUUUCUCAGGCUACUGGCCAACAUUAACUACAAACACCUGAACUAAAUUUCACAUUAGUUAACCUAAUAUUAAUAUAAGAUAAGCGUUGCUGGUUAAAAACUACUUUAAUUCGGUAACUUAAUUCAACAAGCUGACAAAAGUCGUUUGAAACGACAGCGCAGUUUACCAUGGUAAAGUUCUGUAACCGCCAUGUUGACGAGUAAAUGUUACUAUGGGUUAAACUGGUGUGCAAAAAUCUGACACAAACACACAGACAAACGUACAUAUAUUUUUACCUUGCUCGCUGGUCUUAUUCUCUCGUAAGGUGCAUCGACACAGCGCAGAUGUUCUCCGGAGCUCUUCCACUCUGGCGGGUUCAUCCCUGGGAAAAACACGCGGCGCUACCCCACUGGAUCCGUGUCUCCCUCGGACGCGAGUGGCGGGGCGAGGAAAGUAAUCACACUCCUCAAUAAGGCCCUAAUGGAGAAUGAGACCAUCCCUUCGGGCUGUGUCCCACAUUACCUUCUUCGAGGAGAUCCCUUUGCUUCCAAGCUGUCCAAGGAGGCAGACAUAGUGGCGGCGUUCUACAUCCUUAUCAUCGGUUUCUUGUCAGCCACUGGAAAUGGUUAUGUCAUAUACAAGACCAUCAAACGGAAGGGCAAGUUAAAGCCACCAGAGUUCAUGACGCUGAAUCUUGCUGUGUUCGACUUUGGCAUAUCAGUGACUGGAAAGCCAUUCUUCAUAGUGUCUAGUUUUGCCCAUCGCUGGCUGUUUGGCUGGCAGGGUUGUCGCUACUAUGGCUGGGCCGGUUUUUUCUUUGGAUGCGGAAGUCUCAUUACGAUGACCAUUGUCAGCUUAGACCGCUACUUGAAGAUCUGUCAUUUAAAAUAUGGUACAUGGUUCAAACGGCAUCAUGCCUUUCUCUGUGUGGUUUUUACAUGGAUCUAUGCUGCAUUCUGGGCCACCAUGCCAGUGGUGGGUUGGGGCAACUACGCACCUGAGCCGUUUGGCACCUCCUGCACGCUGGACUGGUGGCUGGCCCAGGCCUCGGUGUCUGGCCAGAGCUUUGUUAUGUGCAUGCUCUUCUUCUGCCUGAUCUUCCCCACCGGCAUCAUCGUCUUCUCCUAUGUCAUGAUCAUCUUCAAGGUCAAAUCCUCAGCCAAAGAAGUCUCUCAUUUCGACACACGGAAUAAGAACAACCACAUCCUGGAGAUGAAGUUGACUAAGGUGGCGAUGUUGAUCUGCGCAGGGUUUUUAAUAGCUUGGAUCCCUUAUGCUGUGGUAUCAGUGGUGUCUGCUUUUGGAGAGCCCGAUUCAGUGCCCAUCUCAGUCUCUGUUGUGCCAACUUUGCUGGCCAAGUCCUCUGCCAUGUACAAUCCAAUCAUAUAUCAAGUCAUUGACUGUAAGAAGAACUGUGCAAAAUCUUCCUGCUUUCAAGCUUGGAGGAAAAAUAAACACUACAAGACUUCAAGGUUCUACUCCAUCUCUGCCUCCCUGAAACAGAGAGCAGCCAAUGAAGUUCCAAUUGAGAUAUGAGGAAAUGACAGGAACUCACAAUGGACCUGUGAUAGGACACUGGGCAAUUUGUUAUUGUGCAAUUUAGACAUCAACAGUUCACACGCGCCUAACUUUGCUGUUGUAUCCUCCUGCCGUCAACUUCACACACUCUGCUAACACAUCUCUUAAAUUGAUCCAUGUGUGUAUUAAAAAAUUAAGUGGUAAGUGGUUUGUAUUGUAUUCCAGCAUUCUCAGAACCACAAUGUUUAAAUCAUCUGCUUGAAGUCUAGUGACAUCGCUUUUCAACAAGUCUGUGUUCUGUCUAUUGUAUCUAAUUGAAACCAGUCACGCUCACAUCUAUACAACAGCAUGGUCACAGAUAAACAGCAAUAUAGAUAUAGCUAUAUAUCGUAUAGACAACUUGUGUGCAUAAUGUUAUUAUUAUUAGCAUUUUUUAUCAAAUUGAAUGGACACUGAUGCACUGAUUCAGACCAUUAGAAUUUCGGUUAACUUUAUUUCGAUAGUCCACUUUAGACAUUCUACUAACUAUAUGUAACUUUGUAACUACAUGUCAAGUAAUUCUCAUUAAUUUGCAAGCACAUGUCUACUAACUCUCAGUAGGGUAGGUUUAGGGUAUAAGUUGACAUACUGUAUACUUGAAAACUUUCUCAUGCUCAGUAUCAGAGGCGUCAUGCCCAUUCAAAGCGAGGGGGCAUGUGCCCCCUCAGAUUUUCGAGCCAAGUGGAUUUUGAAUGCAGCUUCCAAAAGACAAAAAAAUAGCCGAUAACAAUCACACCGGAGUGAUUAGAACGUUCAGCGCAUCAAAUCAUCAGCUGCUAAAUUCAAAUCGGCCUUCGCUGGCUGGUGCUGAGCCAGAGACAGACGCGUUUUUACAGCACUGUACAUUAUAAUCAAUCACACACGAUUCUGUUGAGCUAUGAAUGCAAUGACCAAUCAGAGGCGUUCAGAUGAGUCAUCGCUAAAAUGCCGGUGUUUUCUUCACUCGCUCGCUGACUGAAUACCUCUUUCUGGCGAAUUCUCUCGUCAGAAACAACAAAGUGCAAAUGUGUGUACGAAUCUGUAAGAUAUUAAUUUCAUAGUGUAUACAGCUUCAAUGAUUUUAAUGGGAGUUUUUGAGAGUGCUUGAACUAGACUGUCAGUGAAAAUAUUCUUUGUAAAUGUAAAUGUUCUUUGCUCUCUUUCUGUACAAUGAAAGUGUUAUGAUUAGUAGCCUAACUUGCAAUGUUUUUAUUCACUGCCAUGUACCUGUUUUUAUUAACUUUCAACGUUAAAUUCUCAUUAAAUUUAAAGUCAGUCGUAUUAAAAAUAUGUUAUGGCAUGACACCCAUAUCUGUUAAUUAAGUAAACAGACAGGUUUUUAUGCAUAGUUAAUAGAUUACAUUAUUAGGUUACCAUCGCCCCCUAUCAACAUAAUCUAUAAAGGUGAGAAUGAAGAUAUUUCAUGAUAUACAGUUAAUGCGUUUGGGAAUGUUUCGAAUAAAAAGGAAAAAAAAUAAAUAAAACAUAUUGUGGCUGCUGUGUGUCACAUGACGACGCCCCCCAAGUCGUGCCCCCUCAAAAAUAAUGAAUGCAAGACGCCCCUGCUCAGUAUGUUGUAUGUUGUGGACCCAUCAAGAUAAAGUGUUAGAGGAUAUUAAGCAGACAGUCUUCUAAUAUUCUAAUGACUGCUAGUUGACAUGUAGUUGCAAAGUUACUUACUGUUAGUAGAUGUCUAAAGUGGACUAUUGAAAUAAAGUGUUACCAGAAUUUCUUUUGCAUUAUUAUAACAGACGUAGCAUGAUAGUUUUGGGGCAUGUGCAAUGAUUAUAUACUGUACUUGGGUAGUUGACAAAUAAAAAUUGGACUGUGUCCUAUGGUGUGACAUAGCAAAAAUGUAGAAAACAAAACAUAACAUACAAAUAACAUGAGAAAAAUGUAUCUUCAUUCAUAGUUACAAAUAGCAUGAGAGAGGUUUAUCUUCAGUUAGAGGUUUUUUUUUUUUUAAUGGUCCGUCACACCAUAGGACAUAUUGAUACAUCAACUACCCACUUACAUCAGAAAUUUUACAUUGAAAGAUGUCCCCCAAAGAUUCAGUUCAGGGUCUUAAGAAUCUUUGUGUUUUCUUCAUUUUAUUUUUAAACAUUUAACUAAUUUUAACAUUCUUUUAUAUAGUAAUCUUUUGCGUGUUAUCAACCUGCAGAAAGCCCCUAAGCUUAAAAGAAAGUGAGCAGUUGGUAAAGAUAAGUUGUUUACAGGUACCAGUGUGGUUAAAUGUUUUCCACAAAUUUUAUAAAUGUUCUGUGGAAGUUGGGUUUAUAAAAUGAUAAGUGUUUCUCGAAUAGUUCAGACAUAUCUUUUCUUGGAAGGAAAAGUAUUUAGCACAAUGUGCAGAGAAUUUUUUUUUUUUUUAGAAAAAAAAAAAAACCUUUUAUAAAAGUGAACCACAUUUUGAAAAGCUUUUAACCAUGACUGAGUAAAUGAAGACAAAUAUUUUUGAAUGAAAGAAAAUAAAUUUUUGUGCAAUGUAGCUCAGACAGUUGUUUACAAAGGUCUUGAAUGAGCAGCUUCGUGGUGUGCUCUCAUCAACAAAUGCUAGAAUAAAGUUUAACUUGCAAAUGCAUGGUUUGACCUUGUUGGGUUCAGAGCUGAAUGACCAGAGAUUCCCCAUUUUGAUCUCUUGAGUCUGACAACUGUAUUACCCAGGGUACUACUUUAAAUCCUCGGAGUCUGUUGGUAGCUGAUCCUUAUGGUGUUGGAUUUCCCUUAGCAGUUUAUCCCGUUUUUCAGCAGUUCAAUAUAAUGCCCACAUCUUUUCUCUGAUGCUUUCAUGCCGUUGUGACAGAGAGGGUGACUUCCUCUGCAAAUCAAUGCCCCAGUUGCAGGAAGUAGAAAAUGCACUGGAUGCCUCACUGCCUGCCUUCUGUUGUCCUUGUCAUAAUGCAGUUUACAGCAUGCAGGAGCCAGAAUAACAGCCAGACAAUACGCUGAAAGACCCUUCAAUUUCCAAUGAAGGCUGUAAAAGCCACCUCUCACACUGUCUUUAAGUGCGACUUGAAAUGAAUGCUUUUUCAUGUAUCUCAUGCUUUAAUCAACUUGAUGAAUUAUUUACAGUAUAUAGUAUGUAGAAUGAUUAGCACAUUGAACCUGAAGUGAAAAAUGUAAUGAAACCAAAGGUAAACCUAUCAUGUCUUUGUUUCAUUUACGUACAGGGUACACUUUCCUUCUCAAAUCAGAUCUGACAGGCUUGUCAAUGAAUAAGACUUACAAAAGAGCUUUUACAGAAGAAACUGCUAUUAAAUGAAAGAAUAGAUUAUUGUACUAUAAAUAUCAUUUUGCUUUAUUAUCAAACCUAAGAAAAUGGUUUUUACUUAUGGUCAAAGGAAGCACUGAACCAACCAGAAAAUGCAUUGCCAUGUGAAUUGAUGUAAAAUGGGUCAUCUAAGGUGUUCUAAAUCUAAGUGAGGCACAAUACAUCUUCUAUACUAUUUUUAGGGUUCUGCUACUGCAAUAAAGCUUGUCACAAGUAAGAAAUCAUUGUUCUGGUGCAUUCAACUUCAAAAUGCCAUUGCAUUAGUCAGCUGAUAUAAUUAAUGCAUUGAUUCCGACCCUGAGGAUAGCAGCAUUUUUGUCUUCAGCAGAUGUCUUGGCAUAAAUAGUAAUCUCUUCAUUGUAGUUACAGUAAGUUAAAUUUAAUACAGGACCUUGAUUACAUGACAACAUUCAGUGUAGACUGAAAUAGUUAAAUAUAUAAUAUCAGAAUAUGACAAUAUAAGACAUUCAGUAUAUUGCUAUAGUCAUAACUCUUGUGCAAGUACAAAAUACAUGUUGAUCCAUUAUCAUCAUGUUCUCUUUAACAUAAUUUUAACGUCAUUAAGGUAGAGUUUUACUGCAAAGGUCAUUAGCAAUAUGGUAAACAGGGUUUUAAUGUUUCAUUUCCACAGGCUGGAAUGUUUCUCUGUUACUGUGUUGAUUUUACAUUUUACUGUAAACCCGCAAAUUAUGUUAUCUGUUGAUAUGUUACCAAAUCAAUAGAAAUUUGCUUAUUGUGCUCCUCAGCUUGCGUGUUGGAACAACAAUUGUCAUAACUUAUAAAUUCACUUUCAACAGUUGACAAAGGAUAGUUGGCUGGAGUUCUGAAUUAAUUUGUGUGUAUCCAUGUCAGAAAAUGUA